AUGCAGACCGCCAUCACGCCGCGCAACGGCUCCAGGUCGGCGUCGUCCAGGACCAUCGAGCUGUCGUGGGACGCGGCGCCGAACCACGCCUACCCCGACCCCGGGGUCAUCGGCAUCGUCUACUUCGCGGAGCUGGAGGUCGUGGCCGGGGACGCCGCCGCGCGCCAGUUCGAGAUGGCCAUCAACGGCAAGCUUUGGAGCAAGGCGCCCUUCACGCCGCAGCACCUCGUGUGCGACGCCUUCUUCAACAGCGAGGCCCACCGUGGGUUCGGCGGCGACUACAACAUCACCCUCAACGCCACGGCCAACUCCACGCUGCUGCCCACCAUCAACGCCGCCGAGUUCUUCUCCGUCGUCUCCAUGACCAACGUCGCCACGGACUCCAAGGAUGUUGCCGCCAUGGCUGUGAUCAAGGCCAAGUAUGAGGUGAAGAAGAACUGGGCGGGUGACCCGUGCGCUCCCAAGACUCUCGUGUGGGAAGGGCUGAACUGCAGCUAUGCCAUUUCAAUGCCUCCAAGAAUCACAAGAUUAAAUAUGUCAUUUGGCGGUUUGAGCGGCGGCAUACCAUCUCAUUUCUCCAACCUCAAAGCAAUCAAGUAUUUGGACUUGUCGUACAACAACUUUACAGGACCAAUUCCUAAGGCUCUUUCAGACCUACCCUUCCUCGUUGUGCUGGACUUGACUGGCAACCAGCUUAAUGGAUCCAUCCCCUCUGGGCUUAUGAAGAGAAUACAAGACGGCUCCCUAACUCUAAGAUACGGCAAAAAUCCAAACCUUUGCAGCAACGGCGGCUCUUGCGAGCCCACCAAAAAGAAUAGCAAAUCCAUGCUUGCCGUGUACAUUGCUGCUCCAAUACUUGCAGUUGUGGUGAUAGGAGCACUGGCAGUGCUACUUCUUCUCAUAAUGACAAAAAAGCAAGGAUCCAUAAAGGGCAGUGUGAAGCCACAGAACGAGGCUAGUGGCGUGCAUUCGCAGUCGCGGAACGGCGACACGCACAGCCUACUGCAGGUGGACAACCGCCGGUUCACGUACAAGGACCUGCAGGUCAUGACGAAUAACUUCAAGACGGUGCUCGGCCGGGGAGGGUUCGGCUCCGUGUACGAUGGCUUCUUGCCGGAUGGUACGCAGGUGGCGGUCAAGCUGCGGUCUGAGUCCUCCAGGCAAGGCGUCAGAGAGUUCCUCACAGAGGCUCAGACCUUGACAAAGAUUCACCAUAAAAAUCUUGUAUCCAUGGUUGGUUACUGCAAAGAUGGGGAGUACAUGGCGCUUGUCUACGAGCAUAUGUCUGAAGGAAACCUCGAGGACAAACUUAGAGGGAAAGAUAGCAAUAGUACAUCUUUAACUUGGAGGCAGAGGCUUCGUAUUGCAAUGGAGUCGGCCCAAGGGCUGGAAUAUCUACACGUUGCAUGCAGCCCAGCCUUUGUGCAUCGGGAUGUAAAGACAUCAAACAUCCUAUUGAAUGUGAAUCUCAAGGCCAAGGUCGCUGACUUUGGCUUACUCAAGGCUUUCAAUCAUGAUGGUGACACACAUGUAUCCACAACCAGGCUGGUUGGCACACAUGGCUACCUUGCCCCUGAGUACGCGGCAGCCCUGCAGCUCACUGAGAAAAGUGGCGUAUACAACUUUGGUGUCGUGUUGUUGGAAGUUAUAACGGGGCGACCACCCAUCCUACAAUGCCCAAAACCAACUAAUAUCAUCCAAUGGGUUCGACAACACCUUGCACAGGGCAACAUUGAAGACGUCGCAGACGUUCGGAUACGAGGUGACUAUGGUAUCAAUAGUGUCUGGAAGGUCACGGGCGUCGCGCUCAAAUGCACUGCGCAAGCUCCUACUCAGCGACCCACGAUGACCGAGGUGGUAGCACAACUACAAGAGUGUCUCAAGCUAGAGGAACAUCACAUGAUUUGA